AGUUCCAACUUGCAAAACAAGAAAGCUGGUUGACGCGCGCUCCCCUGAUGCUCUCCAAAACGUAACAGCCUCAACCCCACAGCGAAUCACUUGCCAUCUUGCACCCACACACGCACUCAGAAGCACAGACACCUAAAGGACUGCAACUAUGGCACAAAGCAAUCAAGGAAUCCAAACUCUGCUGGAGGCUGAGAAGGAAGCGUCCAAGGUGGUCGCAAAGUCCAGGCAAUACCGAACCCAGCGCCUAAAGGACGCGCGGACAGAGGCGCAAAAGGAAAUCGAAGCGUUGAAAGCACAGAAGAACAAGGAAUUUGUGGAGUUCGAGAAGCAGUACGGGGGCAACACUGAUGAAACGGUCACAAAAGCGAAUGCGGAGACGGAAGAGCAGUUGAAGGAGGUCAACACUUUAUACCAGAAGAAUAAGCAGCAGGUCAUUGAGAAGUUGCUCUCGGGGAUCGUGAACGUUCAACCACAGAUUCACCCGAACGCCAAGAAGGCCAAGCCAGCAGCUUGAUUAUCUGGUGGUUCAUUUCCCCGUGGACACUUCGUCUUUAGUCCGCGUAUUCAGUAUAUAAAAACAACAGAGCUCCAUCUUACGUUACUGAACUUGGCUCGGGGGGAAAUAUGGCCUCCCAAGAAACGAAUGCAAGCGAUUCUGUUGGAAUCGUCAGCCAUUCGCUACGCUCUGGCUGUCCAACAUGGUUCUUGCAACAGAGCCGCGAUGGAAGUUGAAACGUUUGCGUGAAAUACUUCUUUGUCCCCAGCAGAAUGAUCAGAA